CGCUAUUUCGUUUUUUGUGACGUACUCAGAUGGUUUGCUGCAUCACAUUCAGUACAUGCCGGUGGAGGACAUGGCAGGCAGCGAUGAUAACAGGGGCAUUUCAGAACCUCAUAUUGCACGCACAAAACAACCGGCAUGUGAGGUAAAUGGACCGCCUGCAGACACGGACGUGGCAUGUGCUGCAUACAGACCAGCUGAAGACACGGAUGCGGGAUGUGUUGUUGUGGACAAGAGCAGACCACCAAGCGGCACGAUAGACAGCGAUCGUAGCUGGGAGAUUGGACGAGGAAUGAAGCGGAAGGCCACAAGCAGAAGAGACAAUGGGGGAACACCGACACUAGCACAGAGGGGGAGGGGAGGAAAUGGGAAGGGGGGAAGAACACCAAUGGCACAUAGACGAGGGAGAGGACGGGGGAGGGGGCCGGGAGGAGCAGCAAUGGAUGGCCCGGGGGAAACACGAGGGAAAAUUGGUGGAAGGGAAGGGGUUCAGAGGCGCAAUCGUCGACCUGGAGAGACUGCUGUGGCAGAAAUGCGGCGGUUGCAACACAGCACAGACCUUUGCAUCGCUUACAGACCAUUUGUAAGGCUAGUGAAGGAGAUUGUGCAGAAAGAAGAAGUUGCAACAAAUCCAAUGCGGUUCCAGAUGCUUGUAAUUCGUGCACUUCUCGAGGCAGCCGAAGCUUAUCUCGUGCAUUUGAUGGAGAGCUCGAACGAGGUUGCAAUCCAUUCGAAGCGGGUGACGAUCUUUCCAAAGGAUAUGAGACUUACGGACUCAGAAAAAAAUAGAAAAAUGACGGCAAUGACGGCGGAACAAGUGGAGAGAGCUGAGAGAGAGGUGAUGAAGUACGUGACAGAGGGAAUCCACUAUGACAAUGAGGACGAGUUGAGACUAUUACGCGAAAGAGCACCGGCAUACUUCAAUGUCACCUUGGAUAUCCAAAGGUCAAUAGCAGCAAACGGAGAGAAAUCAACGAGAGCGCAGCAGUUGCUGCAUCGCUUACAACAAAGUGCGUACGUGGCUAAAGACGAGACGUUGGCAUGUUGCUCUGCGUACACCAUUCAGCGAGUUGUGGAAUGGAUGUGUGAUGACGAAGACAUCGACAAGAGUAAGAGAGAGGGAGGUGGUUUUUACGACAGAUCAGCGUUCAAGAAGGUUUUCACAUCUCGGGCGAAGGAAGCUCGAAUGUUGAAGACAGAAGCGCAUGACAUAUUGAAGAGUAAUGCAUCGAAGAUAUUGACACUCAGCAGGAAGAACGAGCUACCUCAAACAGACCCUGUUGACUACCAUGAUUUGGCAACAGUGGUGGUGGACGAUGUCGAGUACGUCUUGCUCGAUCAAAUUAUGGAUUUCAUGUUGAAGACAGAAAAUGAUACAAAUUUGAUUCACGAGGCCUUACACGAGGUGACAGAGGACACAAUAGCAGCGGCAAAGCUUGCUGAUGUCGAGAGCACAAAGGAUGAAAAUCAACUAGUGUCGGGGACUCCAAUAUGUCAGGGGGACAUAUCCACAGUCCUGGAAGACCUCACCAGGGCAUCAACGGAAGCGGAGAGAAUGAGCAAAAGAAUGCAAGGAUGACAAUUGGUUGUUGCGGAAGCAAUCAAUGCGACACACCAUA